UCCUGGAAUCUUUUCACAUCCACCAUGAACAUCUCUCACUUCCUGGCCUUGCUGUUCCCAGAAUCCCCACAGGGUCAAAACAGGAGCAAGUCAAGUUCUCUGUACACUCCGUACAACUUCUCUGACUACUGCCAGGAUUCCAUAGACCCAAUGGUCUUCAUUGUCACCUCCUACAGCAUUGAGACCAUUGUGGGAGUCCUGGGCAACCUCUGCCUGAUAUGUGUGACCAUUAGGCAGAAGGAGAAGGCCAACGUGACCAACCUGCUUAUUGCCAACCUGGCCUUCUCUGACUUCCUCAUGUGCCUCAUCUGCCAGCCACUCACGGCUAUCUACACCAUCAUGGACUACUGGAUCUUUGGCGAGGUCCUUUGCAAGAUAUCGGCCUUUAUCCAGUGUAUGUCGGUGACAGUCUCCAUCCUCUCGCUCGUACUUGUGGCUCUGGAGAGGCAUCAGCUCAUCAUCAAUCCAACAGGCUGGAAACCCAGUGUCUCGCAGGCAUACCUGGGGAUUGUGGUCAUCUGGCUCAUCGCGGGCUUCCUCUCCCUGCCCUUCCUGGCUAACAGCACCCUAGAGAAUGUCUUUCAUAAGAACCACUCCAAGGCUCUGGAGUUUCUGGUGGAUAAGGUGGUCUGUACUGAGUCCUGGCCACUGGACCAUCACCGCAUCAUCUACACCACCUUUCUGCUGCUCUUCCAGUACUGCAUCCCACUGGCCUUCAUCUUGGUCUGCUACGCUCGCAUCUACCAGCGUCUGCGGAAGCGGGGGCGGGUAUUCCGCAAGGGCACCUACAGCUUUCGGGCUUGGCAGAUGAAGCGGAUCAAUGUGGUCCUUGUGGUAAUGGUGGCUGCCUUUGCUGUGCUUUGGCUGCCCCUGCAUGUGUUCAACAGCCUGGAGGACUGGUACCAUGAGGCCAUCCCCAUCUGUCAUGGCAACCUCAUCUUCUUGGUGUGCCACCUGCUUGCCAUGGCCUCUACCUGUGUCAACCCUUUCAUCUAUGGCUUUCUCAACACCAACUUCAAGAAGGAGGUCAAGGCCUUGGUGCUGACUUGCCAGCAGAGCGUCCCUGUGGAGGAGUCCGAGCAUCUGCCUCUGUCCACAGUGCACACGGAAGUCUCCAAAGGGUCUCUGAGGCUCAGUGGCAGGUCCAACCCCAUCUAGCCAGGGUUAGGGCUUCUCUCUGCCAUGUUCAUUACCAGCCUCCCUCACUUAGCUAAGUGGGCACGUUGCAAGCUGGGGGUGGCAGUGGCUUUGUGGGGCCCAGAUAGGGGCCUUGUGAAGCCAAGCAUUCUGAUGGUUCAGCUGUUGUUCUUGGGAGAAUUCUGAGUCUGGGCUCUGCAGGUCACACACAGUAUGUCUUGCAUCCUGAGCAGAUGCCAGAGCCGGAGAUGGUCUGAUUGAUGGUCUGUAGUUCAUUCUGGUAACUCAGCAACAGAUGCCCAGCCCGGGAGCCCAGGGAUUUCACUUCCACCAGUGAGGCUGCAAGGCCGUGGUGGGGUGAGGGGAAGAACACGUGGAGUCAGAGCUCUGGACCUUGGUAAACCCCUAACCUCUGUGGGAGACAAUGUUUGUGGAUGGGCUUUGUAAGUGGUAAAGAGUUCUAUGGAGGCAAGACAGGGGGAUUACUGUAUAUCAUUAGCACAUCCAGCUGCAGAGAAUGGACCCUGGCAGCCAGCUCACACUCCUCUGCAGUAGGAAAAUCAGCCCUGAGCAGCAGGAAUUCCAGGGUUCACAUGCUACUCCAUCCUUUUUCUCUUUCUUUGUAUCUGCCACCUUGAAUGGAAAUAAGCCUGCGAGUAUAUCUCCUUGAUAGGACUGUGGGCCCCUUGAGGGUGACAUCUGUAUUGUCAAAGAGCUUGGGUCCCCUAUGCCUGGGACAGUCCCUGGCACAGGGAGAGAGCUCCAGAAAGAUUUACCGUGGUGACAAGAAAGGUAGCAGGUGCCCCUGCUGAGUGCUGAGCUGAGGACAGCACCCUGCGCCACAGUCCAGUGUAGGAAGGGCUCAGGCUGCUGCAGCCACACUCUCUCGCCUGCCCUUCCUUGCCUCCCAGGACCUCUCUUGACAAGGCAGCUGGCCAAGGACUCUGCGACCCUCCCCAGUCCACCCACUGCAGAGACUUGCAGUACUUAAGGCCAUGACUCCAGCCUCCUUCGUUCCACUCUGCCCCGAGCUGACUUGCCCCAGGUGAUGUGUCACCGUUCUUCCAAAGCCUCCCCAGGACUUUGGGCCUCCCGGCGGCUUUCAGUAAUGGCAGGGCCAGGGAGGGAGUUCUUAAAGUCUGGGGCACGGGCUGAAAGGAGCAGAGUGUCCCCCUUCCUCCAGCCAGCCUGGGAAAUGGAGAAAGGGCUACGAUGAGUGUGAAUAUCUCACCCGUGGAGGUCAAGGUUCAGGCUUCUGGAUCCAAGGCUUCAUCUGUGUGUGGACCAGACAGCUUGUCCUUGCAGAAAGGGAAAUGUCAAGAUUGCUGUGGGCCACCUCGGAUGGGAUGUCCAGACCUGGUUGUACCUGCUCAGUCCUGCAGAGUGGCUAGUGGUGGGACCCACCUCGGCCUCCCGGGGCAGGGUAUUCAAGUCCCCAGACCCUUCGAGGGGCCUCACUGUGAGGCUCCUAGGGUUGGCUCUGCACAGGGCAUCUGGCAAAGGGCCAGGUAGCAGGAGAUUGAACAGCCACAUUUGAUCAUCUCUCUGGCCUGGCCUCUGACCAAGAACCUGUACAGCUGACACCAAAGACAACUGCUCUUUGAGUCACCAGCUCCCUUCCUGGAACUGUUUAUUUUGUCCCAACUUUUGGUCACAUCUCUCAUUCCAUCCCUUUGCUCACCUUUAUCCGGUUUUUUGGGCAGAUUGUUGAGCCAUUCUCUCGGUUGCAGCUUGUGCUUGUCCUCUGGUGCCACCUGCUGCUGGCUGCUCCAGGUAACCACCUGCCAGCAAAGCCCAGACCCUGGGACCCAUUCCAGAAAGAUGUCAUUGCUCAAGCUCUGCAAGGAACUGGGGGCCUCAGCCCCCUCCAGAUCCCAGACGGUUGCCUGGAGUUUGUGUGUCACCACUCAUCUCAGUGGUGCCAAGAUGCUUGGGGACAAGGAUGCUUUAGGGUGCUAGCAUGCUUGAGGACUGGGGGACCAGGCUGAGCAUCUGGUGAAGGUGCUUGGCAUUGGGAAUUCAGGUAGAGAAUGGAAGCCUCGCUGAGUAUCUUCUGUGCUCCCCUCACCUUGCUGGGUUGGCACAACUUGCGUGGAUGGCUGUCUCCUGCUCCUGUUCCUAAUGACCCUUGGGGUUUCCCAUUUAUCCAGCACCUUUGGCACUUGUAUCUCAAAGUGUGCUCAGAAGACCAGCAGCCUUAGCAUCACUUGGAGCUUGUUUGGCAUGUAGAAUCUCUCUUCCCACCCCAGACCUAUUGAAUCAGAAUCUGCAUUUUAUCAAGAUCUCCGAGUUAAUGGGCAAACAUUCGAGACGCUUUCCUCUAGGAAACAGAUUGCCCUGGAGCCUGGAGCCAGUCGGUGAGCACCUGUAGACACCCACGGUGGGAUCUACAGUAGAGCUAUAGGAAUCCUAGUUCUAGAGAUAUGGCUGUAAAAUGGUAUUGCUAAAAAGGUGGAUUCAGUUUUGAUUGUAUAUCUGGCUGCAUGUGGACAUAUUUCUUGUGG